AUGUUCAUGCCUCCUUCCCCUACCGCUGCUCCCUUUCUCCCGCCUUUUCCGGAGCAACUGCCGCCUUCCCCAUUCUCCCCCUCUACCGCCUCCGCCCCCGCGCAAUCACCUCCAAUUCCCGCCAGUUCCCCGCCGUUUCCCCUAGACCAGCCCCUUGUGCCUCCGCCCGCGCACCUCCCAUUCACCUCUUCCGCGCCCGGGCAGGUGGGCGCACCGGAUAGUGCGGGCAGCCCGGGAAUAAAUAUCGGUCUCGGCGCAUUUCCCGGGCUAGACUUCGGCGGGUUGGGGAUCCGCCGAGGGCGCGAGCGGGGGAAGAGCGGCGGAGAGGAGGGCCUGGGGCAGCAGCUGGAAGGGCUGUGGGGGGGAAGGGCGGAGGGCGCGCGAAAGGAGGGGGGGCGCGGAAGGCGCGGAGCGCAGGGCGCGGGGAGCAGAGGCGGGAGGAGCUCGGGGGCAGGAGCGGGGGCAGCGGGGGGGAAGGGACGUUUAGCGGGAGCAGGAACGGGAGUAGGCGCAGGAGUGGGAGUGGGAGCGGGAGCGGCAUCUGCGACGGCAUUCGCGGCGGGUGGUUUGUCGUCUUCUGAUGAGGAGGAGGAAGGCAGCGGGACGUGGAGCGUGUAUCUGCUGCUGUCGGCGGACUGCCGAAAGACCUACGUCGGUGUCACGAUGGACGUGCAGCGACGUGUGAAGCAGCACAAUGGCGAGGUGGUGGGGGGAGCCAAGUCAACGCGCGCAGGGCGCCCCUGGACGCUGGUGGGCGCAGUGGAGGGCUUCCGCACACGCAGUGAAGCCUUCCAGUUUGAGUGGAGGUGGAAGAACCCUCGCACCAUACGGGGAGACGGCAGCUACGAUCGCUCUGCAGUCUCCGCCGUGCCUGCCGCCACCGACAGGUUCGGCAACCCCGAGCCUCUGGUGCUGCUCCGGCGCCGCAGCGCUCUGGAGGAGGCUCGGAAGUCCUUUCCAGACUGGAACCACCUGACCUUCACGUGGAAUGAAAACACUGUUCAUGCGCCUCCUGCUGCUGAGACUGCUGCUGCUAGUGCUUCCGGUGCUAGUGCUGCUUCUGCUUCUGCUUCUGCUGCUGCUGCUGCUGCUGCUGCUGCUGCUGCUGCUGGUGCUGGUAGCAACGACGCUGGUGGUUUGGCAGGCAGCAGCAAUCCCCAACUUGCUUAG